AUGAAGAAGUUCGCGAAGAAAACAAAGACCCAGGAAGAAUAUCUGCAGGAGGUAGAAUCUAUAAACUACAAGACCUCGCUGGAGGCGCAGAAGACGCUAAACUCCAUAUUCCGAACAACCGACAAGACCAUGCAGAUGAUAUGCCAGCAACGGGAAAGGCUUGAGGCAAUAAGAGAAGAGUCCAACCUGGUGCACAGCAACUUGGAGAAAGGCAACACAUUGGCGGUUAAGAUGAAGAGGGCAGGAAAGCUUAUAGUAAUCGGGGACAAAAUAGGAGAUGAAAUAAAAGGCAUUUUCAAGACAAAGUCCAAGCCCAGCAACACCUACACCCCCAGCACGCCGCCAGACAUGGCCCCCUUGGAGCCGUACGAGCCCACCACACUGGAGGAGCACCCGACAGAGCAAAGCACAAACAGUGUCCUUGUGAAUAUAAGAAAUGGGCUUAGGAGUCUAAAGAGCAAGCUUGCAGUGCAGCAAAAGGAGAUAGACAACCAGAUGCCCCUUAUUAAAGACAUAACAGACACAAACACAAAGUCCACAGAGAGCGCCAGCAAAGUCAUGAAUAAGUUGAGAAAAAUAUAG